CCGCACAGUGACGUGAAAGGAUAUUGGUCCUUGCUGCUUCGAACGCAAAGAGCAGCAUACUCCACCAUGCAGUACUUCCGGACUGUGGUGCUGUUCGGUUUGGUCGUGCUUUUUCCACCUCUAGUGAAGUGUCUCGGUCACCAGAAGUUCCCACAGACGAAGGAUAGUAACCAGACGAUCGGAAACGUUAUCGACUUCUCUCAGUGGAUCGGCAUCGAUUACGGUCAGCCGACACUUCGUAAACGGUACGAUUAUGUGAUUGUUGGGGCCGGUCCCGCAGGAAGUGUGCUGGCGGCACGGCUCACGGAGGAUCCCGAGCGGACGGUGCUCCUGCUUGAAGUGGGCCGCGCCGAGAUACCACUUGUGUCGAAUGUGCCCCUGUCCGCUCCAUUUCUACAGGCAACGGAUUACAACUUUGCGUACGAAACGGAGGUGCAGCAGCGCGCUUGCUUAGGGCUGUCGGAUCGCAAAUGUAGCUGGCCACAUGGACGCGGUGUCGGUGGUUCGUCGAUCAUCAACUACAUGAUCUACACCCGUGGUAACCGGCGCGAUUACGAUGCCUGGGCGGCGGCUGGCAAUCCGGGUUGGAGCUGGGACGAAAUACUCCCGUACCAUAUCCGUACCGAGCAUGCCAACAUACGAGACUUUGACCGUAACGGAUUCCACGGUCACGGGGGUCCCCUGUCCGUCGAAGACUGUCCCUUCAGAUCGCGCAUUGCGACGGCAUUCAUCGAAAGUGCCCAAAAGGCAGGAUACCGAUACCUAGACUACAAUGCGGGUGACCAGAUCGGUGUAUCAUAUCUGCAGGCCAACACACAGCAAGGCCGCCGAGUGACCAGUGGGACAGCCUACCUUUCACCAGCUCGGAAGCGACCCAAUCUGCACAUCAUAACGCGGGCCUGGGUGACGAAGGUGCUGUUCAACAAAGCCACCAGAGAGGCUACUGGAGUGGUAUUUAUCCGCGAUGGUGUUACCCGAACGGUGAAGGCACGCAAGGAGGUCAUCUUAUCAGCGGGCGCGUUCGAAAGCGCCAAGCUGCUCAUGCUCUCCGGCAUUGGACCGGCGGAUCACCUUCAAUCCCAUGGCAUACCGGUGCUGCAGGACCUUCCAGUCGGAGAGAUCCUCUACGAACACCCGGGUGUAUUUGGUCCGGUAUAUCUGGUGCGACAACCGAUCGACAACCUAAUCACCCUGAAUGAUAACCUGCGCGUCGCAAACCUCCUGGAAUACUUCCAGGGCCGUGGUGUAUUGACCACCAAUUCGGUGGAAAGCUUGCUGUACGUUAAAACCCCAGUAGCCGAAAGUCCGGACCCUGGUUUGCCGGAUGUCGAAGUGAUGCAAGCGUUCACCUCGAUCGACUUUGAUACCAGCCCCGGUGCGAGGAGUUCGUUUCGCCUUACGAACGUCACCUUCGACGGAUACUUCCGACCGAUCAGGAACAUACGAUCGUUCCAGUAUCUACCGAUGCUGCUGAAGCCGCGAACCCGCGGGAAGCUACGCCUGAAGUCGACGAACCCAUUUCACCAUCCCCUGUUCCAGUACCAGUAUUUUGAGGACGAUCGGGAUCUCGAUGCACUGGCGUACGGUAUAGAGGAAGCGGUCCGCGUGACCGAGCAGGCCCCUUUCCGCCGGUUCGGUGUCGAGCUGUACCGCAAGCAGGUGCCGGGAUGUGAGGAGUUCCCCUUCGGUACACACCAGUACUGGCGGUGUCACGUGCAGACGCUGACCGCGACCUUCCACCAUCAGGUGGCGACCUGCAAGAUGGGACCACCGUCCGAUCCCGAAGCGAUCGUCGAUCACGAACUAAGGGUGUAUGGUGUCGGACGGUUGCGUGUCGUCGACAUCGGAGUCGUUCCGAUUCCCCUUACCGCACACACUGCGGCCAUCGCUUUCGUAAUCGGCGAGAAGGCGGCCGACCUGAUACGGGAUGCGGAGCGUCGCAGUAAAUACGCCGGAAGGAAGAAACAACCGGCGGCGGCUGACUCGCGGUCGGAUCGAUCCUUUCUCUGGACGCCAUCCAUGUUCAAGUGA